AGAUGUGAACAUGUGACUGAAGGAAGUGAUGAAACAGGAAGUAGAACCCUCCUAAACAGGAUCUACACUGAGCUCUACAUCACAGAGGGACAGAGUGAAGAGGUUAAUACUCAACAUGAGGUGAGGCAGCUUGAGACGGCUUCCAAGAAGAAGAUCCUCCACGACACUCCCAUCAGGUGCCACGACAUCUUUAAAGCCUCCACUGACCAGCAGAGCAGCAUCAGAGUCGUCCUGACCAACGGCGUCGCUGGCGUUGGAAAAACCUUCUCGGUGCAGAAGUUCACUCUGGACUGGGCAGAGGGUUUAGAGAACCAGGAUGUGGGUCUGCUGACUGUGCUUUCGUUCAGGGAGCUGAACCUGGUGAAGGACCAGCAGCACAGUCUCCUCACGCUGCUCCGUGUUUUCCAUCCAGCGUUACAGAAGCUCACGGCAGAGACGCUCGCUGUCUGUAAACCUUUGUUCAUCUUUGACGGCCUGGAUGAAAGCAGACCUUCUCUGGACUUCAACCACAGGGAGCUUGUGUCUGAGGUCACACAGAGGUCAUCAGUUAACGUGCUGCUGACAAACCUCAUCCGGGGGAAUCUGCUUCCCUCGGCUCUCGUCUGGAUAACCUCCAGACCUGCGGCGGCCAAUCAGAUCCCUCCUGCAUGUGUUGACAGGGUCACAGAAGUACGAGGCUUCACUGACACCCAGAAGGAGGAGUACUUCAGGAGGAGAUUCAGUGAUGAAGAGCUGUGCAGCAGAAUCAUCUCACACAUCAAGACGUCCAGGAGCCUCCACAUCAUGUGUCAGAUCCCAGUCUUCUGCUGGAUCAGUGCUACAGUUCUGGAGCACAUGUUGACCACAGACCAGAGAGGAGAGCUGCCCAAGACCCUGACUGACCUGUACUCACACUUCCUGCUGGUUCAGACAAAGAGGAAGAACACCAAGUAUGGUGAGGGACAUGAGACGACUCCACAGCAGCUGACGGAGGCUGACAGGGACGUUCUCCUGAAGCUGGGGCGGCUGGCACUUAAACAUCUGGAGGAAGGAAACAUCAUGUUCUACCAAGAAGACCUGGAGCGGUGUGGUCUUAAUGUCACAGAGGCCUCGGUGUACUCAGGAGUUUGUACUGAGAUCUUCAGAAGAGAGUGUGUGAUCUUCCAAAAAUCAGUCUACUGCUUUGUUCAUCUGAGCGUUCAGGAGUUUCUGGCUGCAGUCUACAUGUUCCACUGUUACACCAAGAGGAACACAGAAGAACUCAACAACUUCUUGGGAACAUAUGGGGACACAGACAGUACCUACUCCCUGGAUGACCUCCUGAAGCUUACCAUGAAGAAAUCCCUCACCAGUACAAAUGGUCAUCUGGACCUGUUUGUCCGCUUCCUUCACGGCCUCAGUCUGGAGUCCAACCAGAGAGUCUUAGGAGGCCUGCUGGGUCGAACAGAGAACAAUCCAGAGAUCAUCCAGAGUGUCAUCAACAAGCUGAAGAAGAUGGAGAGUAGUUACAUUUCUCCUGACAGAAGCAUCAACAUCUUCCACUGUCUGACUGAGAUGAACGACCACUCAGUUCAUCAGCAGAUGAAACAGUUCCUGACGUCAGAGAACAGAUCAAAGGAGAAACUCUCUGAGAUCCACUGCUCAGCUCUGGCCUACAUGCUGCAGAUGUCAGAGGAGGUUCUGGAUGAGUUGGACUUGGAGAAGUUCAACACAUCAGACCAGGGUCGACAGAGACUGAUCCCAGCUGUGAGGAACUGCAGG